UUAGCCAGCACAGUCCACGUCAACACGACAGACAGAUGCCCCCUCCGGUGCCGGCCAGAUACUUCUCCUCGCCUCGCCUCGCCUCCGACUCCUCUCCGUUCCGCGCGCACCAGCGGGGGAAGCCAUCAUGUACUGCCUCCACAACCUGCUCAAGCUCAGGGAGCCUCCAAUCGUGGGGUCCAGGUCGAUGAGCCGGCCCUCGCCGCUCAAUCUGGCGAUGGUUCGUGGCGGGAGUCGCCGAUCAAACACCGUCAAAACUGCCCCUGGGGCGUCCACUUCUGGUACUGACAGCAGUGCGGUGGAGGUGGGCACGGAGAAGUCCCAAGUGUACAGCACUAACAUGGCACAGGCUAUGGGAGCAGUGUUGACGUACAGACAUGAGCUUGGAAUGAACUACAGUUUCAUACGCCCAGACUUGAUUGUUGGCUCCUGCUUACAGAGCCCACUUGAUGUUGAUAAGCUUCGGAAGAUUGGUGUAAAAACUGUAUUCUGCUUGCAACAGAAUUCGGACCUUGAAUAUUUUGGAGUUGACAUCCGUGCCAUUCAAGAUUAUUCUCUACAAUUCAAAGAUAUUGUGCACUGCCGUGCUGAAAUUAGGGAUUUUGAUGCUUUUGAUUUGCGAUUGCGGCUUCCUGCCGUGGUUAGCAAAUUGCACAAGCUUAUCAACUCUAAUGGUGGUGUUACCUAUAUACAUUGUACUGCUGGACUUGGAAGAGCUCCUUCUGUGGCAUUGGCUUAUAUGUUCUGGAUUCUUGGGUACAGUCUUAACGAAGGACAUCAGCUACUGCAGAGUAAAAGGGCUUGCUUUCCAAAGUUGGAAGCCAUUAAGUUGGCAACUGCUGACAUUCCGACAGGCUUAUCCAGAAAUACAAUCACUUUGAAGUGGGGAAAUGGCACUUGUUCUUCUGUUGAAAUUUCUGGGCUCGACAUUGGCUGGGGUCAGAGAAUCCCUUUGACAUAUGAUAAGGAUAAAGGAGCUUGGUUUCUUGAGAAAGAGUUGCCUGAAGGACGGUAUGAAUACAAAUACAUAGUCGAUGGCAAGUGGCUGAGCAAUCCAGACGAGAAUAUAAUGAAACCGAAUGCUGAUGGCCACGUGAAUAACUACAUCCAAGUCUCCAGGGAUGAUACGAGUGGUGAAGAGAGGGAAUUUAGGGAGCGUUUGGCUGGUCCGAACCCCGACCUUACGAAAGAUGAAAUGGUGAUGAUUAGAGAGUACCUGGAACAAUACGUUGAAUCUGAGCGUUAAAAGAACCUGAUUACUGGGAGCGCGUGGGUAAACAAAUAGUGGCAUGCCUUGGCGUCAGGCUGGGAACACCUCACUGGUGAUGAGCAGACGGUGUCAAUAGUAGCUUAACCGUGGAAAUGGUUGGCUCAUCAUUAUCUACGGGCCCAACUCGUAUUCUAUGCUAUGCAAAAACACAUUCUGCAUACGAGGAGUACUGCAUAAGUACUGUAAACUCACCAUUCCAGAAUGUGUAAUGUAUGUUCCUGAAUAAAAUUAUUCCCUUGGCAUCCUGCGUUGGAUUGCUUCGCCCAAGACGAGAUGGUUCUAACUUUUUUUUUUUAUUUCCUCGUAUGAUUCGGUUUGUGGAGGUUUUAGCUA